AUGUUGCUAGGAAGCCUCGUCGCCAUCGUUGAGGUCAGGAGACGUGCAAUCAGAACACCAGUACCGCCGGCGACCGGCAACCGGCGUCCGGUGAUUUCGCAUCGUAGCAUUAUGCAGCCGUUAGCGCACCAGCUAAGUCGUCUUCCACGCAGCGACGAAUACGAUUCGCUGGCUUCAUAUCUUCGGACACCAGCACUAGCCCGUCCCUUCGAGAAGGCGGUCGAUCUCCAUGCAAACAAAAAGACACCUAAGUUAUUUGCAGCAGCCCACAGCGAAGUUGGGCGGUCCCCGGUUGGAUCGGGCAGACAGCUUCCGCAGAUCGGGAAGCGGCAAGUCCGCAGCGGUCCUGCGUUUUUCAAACGCAGCACAAACCAACUCACGCACGAGUGGGCAAAGAGCUAA